AUGGCACGCUCACUCAACCUCGCCCCGUUCGCCCUGCUCCUCCUCGCGGGUUCGCUAGUGAUGCUAUGGUUCAUCAUCCUCUCGGGACUGACCCAGACAUCCCCUCUACGGCAGACCUACUUCCUCCGCGCCGACACGUCGGGCAUCCAGGACGCGAAACCCAUCACGCAAUGGACCUACUUUAAGACCUGCGGCCUCGGCAACACCAACUGCGGGCCCGCCCGCCCGGCCCUGCCCCUGGGCGACGCCUGGCCGAGCAACGCGCGCGGCGUCCCCUCGGAGCUGAUCGGCGGCUACGGCGACGGCACCACGAGCUUCCACUUCUGGUACAUGUGGCGCUUCGGCUGGGUGUUUUUCCUGCUCGCCCUGCUCUUCUCCGUCAUCGCCUUCUUCGCCGGCUUCCUGGCGCUCAUCUCGCGCAUUGGUUCGGUCCUCGCCGGGCUGGUCUCGCUCUCUGCGCUCUUCUUUUUGACUCUUGCCGUCUCUUUGAUGACCGCCACCUUCGUCCAGAUGCGCAACGUCUUCCUGGCCAACAACCGGUCCGCCUCGCUCGGACGGUACGCCUUCGGCUUCGCCUGGGGCUCGUGGGCCGCGCUGCUGCUCAGCACCAUCCUCUUUUUCAUGUCCAGGCACAAGCGGCGCGACACGACGACGGACGGCGUCGUACCCGCGGAGCGAAGAAGGCGGGGCUGGAAAUUCUGGGGCCGCAGGAGGGGCACCGGCGGCGUUGGCGGGAGCCGUAGGUCGUAUAACGGUCGCCACGUGAAGGAGGAGUACGUGUGA